AUGCGACUUUUAAACGUGCAUACCAAGAAGCUGGAAGAAUUCUUCGGCUCGGCAAUCCCAAAAUAUGCAAUUCUCUCGCACCGCUGGGGAAGCAAGGAAGUCACAUUUCAAGACCUCAACGCGUUUGAUAGCCAGAACUGGGAACCGACAGCCGUCAAGCGCACUGGUCCGGGGCUCUUGAAGAUCGUGUAUACAUGUUUGCAAGCUAAGAAAGAAGAUCUCGGAUAUGUCUGGGUGGACACGUGUUGCAUCGACAAGAGCAGCAGCGCCGAGCUGUCGGAGGCUAUCAACUCUAUGUAUGCGUGGUACCAAGGCUCCGAUGUCUGUUACGCCUAUCUCGACGAUGUACGCGGCCUUUGUGAUGCUUAUCAGGCAGACUUCACUAGCAGUAAGUGGUUCACAAGAGGGUGGACGCUCCAAGAACUUUUAGCUCCGUCGAAAUUGAGAUUCUUUGGGAUCGACUGGAAGUUUCUUGGAGAUCGUACGAAUUUGUCCGGACUCGUUUCGUCAAGGACAAAUAUUCCUGAAGAUGUUGUUAAAGACCCGAGUUACAUGCAAUCUACCAGCAUAGCAAAUAGGAUGUCCUGGGCUGCGGACAGGCAAACGACACGUGUAGAGGAUGUGGCUUAUUCUCUACUAGGAAUCUUCAACGUGAAUAUGCCUCUUCUCUAUGGGGAGGGAAAGAAAGCUUUCAUUCGAUUACAGGAGGAGAUAUUAAGAGAAUCAGACGACCAAUCGAUCUUCGCAUGGGAGUGGAGUAAAGAAGACCCCGCUGAAGACUCCUGGUUCUCAGGUCCUUUGGCCGAUAGCCCGGGGAAGUUCGGAAAAUCGGGAAAUAUCAUUCCUCUUCCGAGUACCGCUGAGAGACAGCCAUACGCCAUGACGAACAAAGGCCUACGCAUCGAGAUUGAUCUUACCGCUGGUAAGCCGCCGGUUGCGAUCCUGGAGUGUCAUUAUGACAAUGACCUUUCUGGUUUACUCGGAAUUCCAUUG